AUCAUCAUUUGCCUUCGAUUCCUCCGCUCUCUACUCUCUCACUCUUUACUACUUAGCUUCCCUCUCAGAAUCUAAACGCAUAAAAAACAAAAAUUAGCGUCUCCAAAACGCACCUUUCGCAUCUCUGAGGCGUUUUGCGUUCAGCGUUUCCGGCGAUGGCUCUCCAAGCCACUACUUUCUGCUUCUCCGGGCCUACUCUCCGAUCAAAUCCUCCUCACUUACUAUCCUCAAAGCGUCGUACCGCCAUUAAAUCUGCUUCUUCGGGUCUCUCUUCUCCGCCGCUGCUCUCAGUUUCACGAUCUAAUACCAAAGGAAGAGCAUUCUCUAGCGAUGGCUCAACGCAAGAGUCUCCCUCUGUGGUGUGUUUUGGUGAAAUGCUGAUCGAUUUUGUGCCAACAACUAGCGGACUGUCUUUAGCCGAGGCACCAGCUUUCAAGAAGGCUCCAGGCGGUGCGCCUGCGAAUGUAGCCGUAGGCAUCGCUCGACUCGGUGGUUCAUCAGCUUUCAUUGGGAAGGUUGGUGAAGAUGAGUUUGGUUAUAUGCUUGCCAAUAUUCUAAAGGAUAAUAAUGUGAACAAUGGUGGCAUGCGUUUUGAUCCUGGAGCCAGAACUGCUUUAGCUUUUGUGACUUUGACAAGCCAAGGGGAACGAGAGUUCAUGUUCUAUCGAAAUCCCAGUGCCGACAUGCUGUUACAAGAAUCUGAGCUUGAUUAUGAUUUGAUUAAAAAGGCCAAGAUAUUUCAUUACGGCUCGAUAAGUCUCAUCACAGAACCAUGCAAGUCUGCCCACAUUGCUGCAGCAAAAGCUGCAAAAGAUGCUGGUGUGAUUCUUUCAUAUGAUCCAAACCUUAGGCUCCCGUUGUGGCCUUCUCCGGAUAACGCUAGGGACGAGAUUCUUAGCAUUUGGGACACUGCUGAUAUCAUAAAGAUAAGUGAAGAGGAGAUUGAGUUUCUAACAAAAGGAGAAGAUCCUUAUGAUGAAACUGUUGUCCGCAAGUUGUUCCAUCCUAAGCUAAAACUACUUCUUGUCACCGAAGGCCCUGAAGGCUGUCGAUACUACACCAAGGAUUUUUGCGGGAGAGUGCGUGGAUUGAAGGUUGAAGUCGUGGACACGACAGGUGCUGGAGACGCGUUUGUUGCGGGAAUACUAUCGCAACUAGCAAAUGAUCUCUCCUUGCUUCAGGACGAAGAACGAUUGAGAGAGGCUCUAUUGUUUGCGAAUGCAUGCGGGGCCUUAACAGUUAAAGAGAGAGGCGCAAUUCCUGCACUUCCCACGAAAGAAGCUGUACUUGAGGCCUUACUCAAACCUGUCAUCUAACAUCAAACAAAAAUCAAAAUGAGAAACAAUGUAAGCAGAUUCGUGUUCUUUUUUUUGUUUCACAGAUUUGUAUUUGUUGUUGUUAUUGUUGUUGUAUCAUAGCUAUUUAGUGUAUCAUGCCAUUGUUUUCUUAUGCUAGUAGCUAAGUAACUAAGCCUAUCUCAUGUCAAAUCAAGAGGUAUUUUUUAUUAUUA